GCCUUUUUCCUCACUCCUCUUCAUAUCUCGUCAUCGCAACAGUUUACUUUCCCUUUGUCUGGUGCAUUGGCGAGUCCUGGUCUAUUACGCCUCUCAGUCUUUGGUACAGAAGGGCGAAAUGGCGGAAUUUGGCUUAGGGUUACGAUUUCGGGCCAAUUUUCUCCCCAAGUGGUGCUCCACCGGCCUUCCUUUGAUAAAUUCAUCAUUGUUCCGGACUCCAUCGUCCGUGGUUACAUGCAUGAACAAUCCGCCAAACUCUUAUUCGAAAUCAGGAAAAAAGGAGCACCAUUUAUGGAUGAAGAGAGAUUCUGCAGGAUCCGGUCAAAAAGCUCUCCAUCUCGUUCGCAUCGUUUCAAAGCUUCCAAACGAAAAAGAAGCCAUUUACGGAGCGUUGGACAAAUUGACUGCCUGGGAGACAGAAUUUCCAGUUAUUGCAGCCGCGAAAGCGCUGGAAAUUCUUCGAAGGAGAAACCAAUGGCUGAGAAUCAUACAGGUGAGCAAGUGGUUGUUGAGCAAAGGUCAAGUUCUCACUAUGGGAACAUACGAUAGUCUGCUGCUUGCUUUUGAAAGGGAUGGAAGGUUGGACGAGGCAGAGAAAUUAUGGGUUAUGAUUCUUCAGAGGCACACGAGAUCGGUAUCCAAGCGGUUGUUUUCUAGAAUGAUUGCUCUCUAUGAUCAUCAUCAUUUUCCUGAGAAAGUUGUGGAGGUAUUUGCAGACAUGGAGGAGCUGGGUGUGAGACCUGAUGCUGAUACGGUGAAAAGAGUGGCUGUAGCUUUUGGAAAGUUGGGAGAAUCUGAGAAACAGAAAUUGGUACUCAUAAAGUAUCAGAAUAAGUGGAAAUAC